UUGAAGGUAAUCUGUAGGUUUACGUCUAUAUUUACUUCGAUUACAUUUAGAUGCAUUCAAGCAAACGAAAAGAUUGGAACGCUACAAGAUGAAAUUGAGAAGGAGCGUCGGCGGGAGAAUUUUGCAACUCUUCGCUUAGCGGUAAAAGAAAAACUUACAACGGAACUAAUGGAGGAGGUAGAAUCUGUGAGGAAGUCCUGUGCGGAUGAAAGAAGAGCUGAUCGAAUGAUGAUGGACCAUUUCACUGGACAGGUCUUUCAAGCCAUGCGUGACAAAUUGCGACAAUACAGGAAAGAAUUAAAACUUUUGAGGCUGGAACUUGAUGCUGCUCGUAACGGUAGCGAAAGUACCGAAGUUAGGAAGCUUGUUAAAAAGUGCGAGAAAUUGGAACAGUUAUAUGGUACUUGCAAUUCCGACCAGCAGAAGAUCACCCGUUUGGAAGUUCUUUUGGCCUAUGCUAACAAAACAAUAGAGAAGUUACGUCGACGGCAACGAGAUUUGAAUGAGCUUUUUGUUGAUCAUGAUGCCGAAGUUUCAAAACUGCAAAGCGAAUUAGCGCACCUGAAAGAAGAAAAUAGACGUUUAUUAGAAGGGCACGAACUGGAACGUGAAAAUCUUGUCAUGUCCAGAAUAGGAAAGCACUUAGAAGAUGCCGAUUUCGACUUAGUUGACAACAGUGGAGAUGAGAUGGAGUCUGUUUCAAGUGGAGAGUUGAACGAAAAAAAAGAGAAAACAAAAGCACCUGGAAGUGCUACGCCAGAAAGGCGGGAUGUCGAUGCAGUUAAAGUGUCUAGUUCAGGGUCGGAACCCGAUGAUGCUGUUGUUAUUUCCAGUCCGGAAGCUGGGGGCGGUGGUUCUGGUCCAGGGUCAGAUUAA